AUGGAGGCAGGAGCCGAAGGAGCGUUUGGGCUGUCCGAGGCCAGGGAAGGCAGCCCGGUAUCCGGCGCCACAGCAUCUGAUGAUGGGGACACUGUCAUUGGAGUCAGCUAUGGAGUCGACUCCGGUGACACGGAGCCGCGUGACGGUCAGGAAGUAGACAGAGCCGCCGCCGCCGCCUCUUCUACCAUCGGCCCUCCGGGGCCCGGGGCCUCGUCCUCCACCCCCCCGGCCGGCCCCUCCUCCCCCGGGGCCGCGCGGGCCGCCUCCCCCCUGGAGGGCCCCCCCGUGGUGGUGGUGGUGGUGGAGCCGGACCAGGCCAGCCUGAUGUCGGGCUCCGGCUGCACCAGCCAGGCCUCGCAGGACGACGACGACGACGUGCCAAUCACAGAUAUCUAUUUUCCUCCCGAGGACAAGACGUGGGUGUACUCUCCGCUGCACGUCGGCUCAGAGUCUAGCACCCUGCCAGAUGGGGAAGGGGAUAGUGAGACAAAGUAGACCCUCUCUGAGCGGAGAGGAGUGGACUAACGGGCUAUGACAGAAGCUCAGGCCCCACCGGCGGGUUCCCUGGACCCCGGUUAAACCCCGGUCCAGCGAAGGGCAGAGUGGGGGAGCUUCUGGGAUGACACCGGCGGCGGUACCGUCGCUUCGCCGCCGCCAAGCCCCCAGAGAUAUCGAUAAUAAUAAUAAUAUUCAUAAUAAUGAUGAUAAUGUUAAACGUGUAAGUAACAGGAUCCAGACACAUAGGGCUGUGUUCUGUCUCGUCCGUUGGCUCAAUCAACACACCCAGACGUCUCUGCCAGUCUCACAUUCCUUUAUCAGAUGUUAUCGGACGGUUUCAUGAUAUCACCUUAAUUUAUAUAUCGUCUUAUUGUGUGUUUUUUUUUAUAUAAGCCCUUUUUCCGCCCCAGUCGUUUUACUACUGUGAAGAUCUAUUUAUUUGUGUUUGGUUGUUUGGGUGAAGGUUGUUUCCAGGCCUGGUGUUCAUUUACCGGAGGGCUUGUCUACCUUAUGUCUAAAGCGUUUUCAGUACCUGUAAAAACAUUUUUUAUUACAUUUUUCAUAUUUAAGCGCAGUCGAGAAUCUUAAUUGUGUUGGUUUGUAUAUUCAUCUAAUAUUUAUGGGAUUGGAAAAUAAAAAAGGUUUUCCAAACACCUACUUUAAAAAAAUUAAAAACCCACUUCAGAAAGUAGACAUUGGCAAUCAAUUAUCAAUGAUCAUUGUCUUCCGAGGUGAACCUGUUUUCGGACUGAUUCAAACUUAUCAUUUUAACAUUUAAUUGGGUCCUGUAGUUGUCACUUUAUUGUGAAAUAUGAACAUCAUUUUCCCACAACUGGCUGUCCUCAAACCUCUUUAAGAAACACUUCAUCAGAUGGAUGACAUUUGAAAUAUUUCUAGAUUUAGCUAAACAGUUGUAGUAUUUUGGGUCAAUAUGUGCAGUGUGUGACUUGGUGAGCAAUAUGACGUUUGUGGAGAAUGUGAAUGUUUGCACUUGAGGUGGGGGGGGGGAGGAGGACAUAUGAACUAGAGGCCAAAUGAUCCACGACAUCACUCGUUUUUACCACAGCCAUCUCAGUUUAUUUUCAGUUAUGGAAGAAAAGUUCUACUCGGCUGCUUUUUGGUUUUACGAAAAUAGUGUUUGUAACAGUGAAGUCGAUCACAAUCAUUCUAGAAUAAAUGUUUACUGUAAUCUCUGUGGCUAACGUUGAAAGGACUCUCAAAUUGAGUGGAUUGAAGUUAUGAGUAUGUAAACAAAAUUUUGAAAAAAGCUAUUCUAGUCAUCCUGUGUGAAAACACUUUUCCUCAGUUGGUGCGUGAGUCGUGUCAAGGGAAGUCAAUGUCAGACGUUGUAAAAUCGAUAUUUCCAUCUUCAUGACGUGCAGUGGCCAGUUGUCAUCCGUUUGCAUCACAUGGAGCCCAUAGCAGCAAUAUUUUGUACAGUUUAGCUUUUAAGUUCAUUAUUAUUGCCUUUGUGGAUUAACACAACAUAGGCCUUUCACUUAUUUUUUUCCACCUGUUCUGUUUUUAUUAUUUUCGAUUGUUGUGCUCCUACGAAUGUGUACAUAUGAUUAUAAAUACAUAUACAAAGAUAUAUAAAUAUAUUUUCCAUUUUAAUUGGAGAAUAUUAUUUUUAUUUGUUUUAUUUUUUUGCUGCUGGCAAGAAAUUAUUGCGAUCUACAUAAUUUACUGUACCAUAUCAAUGAUGUGUUAAAUGAGAUACAGCUAUAUUUAUGGUCCAUGAAUCAGAGCUGUGGCUUUGUAAGAUAUUCAAAAAUGAGAGAAAUGUGUCCAAUUGACUCUAGGCCUACAUGCAAAAUCAAUAGGGGUUCUUCCGACUGUCCAGCUGUGUUCGUGUUCGUGUUUUCAACGCCAUGUGCCCUCAUCUUAGGGAGAGUCUUUUACAGAGACAUAGCAUGUUUUAAAAAUGAAUAUGCAUAUCUGACGUGUAUUUAUGUAUAUCUGUGUAUAUUCAUCUAUUUAUACACGAUGAUAAAUAGAUGGCCUAUGUGUUUGGACUCGAUCUGAUUGAAUACAAAAAAAAUAAAGCCGUUCUGUCUGAA